UUAUAAAACUUAAUUUAAGUAUCAUUGAAGAAUCGGAGAUUAAUUACAAUUACGUGAAAAAUACGUGUGAGAACCUGAUUAAAUCAACUGUAUAUUGAUAUUUAAGAAAGCUUGGAACUUAAUAUUUAGAUCAAUAAAAAAUCUGUCAAAAAAAAAUAAAAAUUAUCAAGAGAAUUUAAUAAUUAUUAUAACAGAAACUUGUGUCAUAAGAUAUAGCUUAUAUCAUAUCUUAUUUAAAUUGAAAAAUGGAUGCUGUUAGUCCUACUCCUCAAGAUCUACAGAGGAAACUUUAUUUCUUGGUGGAACAGUUGCAGCACAUGGCUGGAGAGCUUCCACCAAAGUAUCAGAUGCGUCUGCCAUACGAAUUGCUAUCUGGUUUGGCAAACUCUUUGUUAAACGACACCAUUUUUGAGAUAGUGAAGGGACUGAUGGAAAUACAACAUGUCACUGAGAAGCAUCUCUUCCAACAACGGCUUCAGCUUCUGAAUCAACAGAAAAUCGAGUCUCAAGAGACAUUGUUGUCCGCACCAACAACAGAAGAAGAGUUAAUGGCGAUAAAAGCAGCUCUGCACAAGAAACACAAGGAAGAGUUGAAGCAAUUGGAUAUGAAAUUAGUGUUGCAAUUAGAUCAAAAGGUGGUGGACCAGCAGAGCAUAUUGGAAAAGGCUGGAGUACCUGGAUUCUAUGUGACUAAUAAUCCAAUGGAGAUUCAAGUGCAAAUGAGAUUGUGCGACUUUAUAAUUAGACUCAGCAAGAUGGAUAUACCCACUUAAUAUGAAUAUAAAAUCACUUUUCUUUUUAUAUAACAUCUGCUUAUUUAUCAUUUAU